UCCAACUGCAUUUUGCCGUCAUUCUAUUUCGUUAGAAAGUCACAUGUUGAGAUAUUCUAGUCACAUGACUUCAUCUUCUAGCCAAUUGGAUGCCACCUUUCGAUCUGAGUAAACCAAGAGGAUAUGGGAAAAUCAUUUUCCCUUUGCCUGUCCUUCCGUUUUUUAAUAAUCUUUCUGCAAACAUCGAAAGUGGUGACCAUCUGUUUGCAGUAGCGCCAAAGGUUACUGUGUGGUGACUACCAGCCCCUGCUCUCCUUAACUGCUCCUCUAAAUUCCCUUUUCAUUCACCAAGCCCUAAAUCUUCACCUUAGGUAUGGAGCCCACCAAAGUUCAAUCUGAAGGAGGGCUCAAUGUCACUCUGACCAUCAGGCUCCUCAUGCACGGCAAGGAGGUUGGCAGCAUUAUAGGCAAGAAAGGAGAAACUGUGAAGAAGAUGCGUGAGGAAAGUAGUGCCCGUAUAAACAUUUCAGAGGGGAACUGUCCAGAGAGGAUAGUUACCAUCACAGGACCCACAGAUGCCAUAUUCAAGGCCUUUGCCAUGAUCGCAUACAAGUUUGAAGAAGAUAUAAUUAAUUCUAUGAGCAAUAGCCAGGCUACUAGUAAGCCUCCUGUGACCUUGCGCUUGGUGGUGCCGGCCAGUCAGUGUGGCUCUCUAAUUGGGAAGGGGGGCUCAAAGAUCAAGGAGAUGAGGGAGUCUACAGGUGCUCAGGUGCAGGUGGCUGGAGACAUGCUGCCCAAUUCCACUGAGCGGGCGGUCACUAUCUCAGGCGCUCCAGAGGCCAUAAUUCAGUGUGUGAAGCAGAUCUGUGUGGUUAUGCUUGAGUCCCCACCCAAAGGUGCCACAAUUCCAUAUAGGCCUAAGCCCGCCAUUGCUCCUGUCAUUUUCUCUGGUGGACAGGUAAGGGCAGACACUCUGGCAGCCCCAGCCACAGCCAACCUCAGCUUGUUACUGCAGCAUCAGCCUCUGACUACCUACACCAUUCAGGGACAGUAUGCCAUCCCACACCCAGACCAGUUGGCAAAGCUCCACCAGCUGGCUAUGCAGCAAACCUCCUUUACCUCCCUUGGACAGACCACCCCUGCUUUCCCUGGUGUGGAUGCCAGUUCACAGGCCAGUACUCAUGAACUCACCAUUCCAAAUGAUCUAAUAGGCUGCAUAAUUGGACGUCAGGGCACUAAAAUUAAUGAAAUCCGUCAGAUGUCUGGGGCUCAGAUCAAAAUCGCUAAUGCCAUGGAAGGGUCAUCGGAUCGUCAGAUUACCAUUACGGGCACACCAGCCAACAUCAGUCUGGCACAUUACCUCAUAAAUGCUAGGUUCAGAGAUGUGGCAGCCAUGUGGACUGACCCUUCGACCAUGACAACCUCCUGAAGCCCCAUUAUGCACUGUUCAUCUAAAACUACAGCAACUACUUUCUGCUUUUGAACGUUUUUUGGGCCUUAUCAGUCUUCAAAAAAAAUGGAAAUUGAUUUGGUCUGAUAAAAUAACAGAAAGAAAAAAAACAUCUAACAAAUCUUCACCCAACAGGAGUCUCAGUGCAAGCUACAGUAUAUGUAUUGUUGAAGGUUGUCUUCAGUUUAAAGUGUUCUAAUAAGAAACCUGUAUUCAGAUAAGUUAGUAUUGAAUGACUAUGAGUCCUGGAAUUUUGUCUGUAUACAAGAAUAUGAUACAUUUUAUUGUUUAUUAGAUAGUUUAGAGUUUUAGCGCAGAAACUUAGCAUGCUGAAUGUUUAGCAUCUAUUGUGCUCUUAUUUAACUUAAAAAUGUAUUCAAGGAAUCAUAUGUGAGCAAUAAACAUGUCAUAAAAUAUGUAUUAUUAAACUUCUGUAAGUGGCUUAACAGACAGUCAUAAAUGGUGUGAUUUUUUUUUAUUUCCAUUAGUUAUGACACAAAACGUAAAUGGUUUAUGAAUCAUCAUGAUUAUUUAAAAGCAAGGGUGAUGCCUAUGUUUGUCCAUUGUCUGUUUAUAAUUCUACACAAAGUAUAUUUCAUAAAGCAUGUAUGAUAUCCUACAAUAAAAAAACAAACAAUGCUUUUUAUUCUGGUCCUGAAAUAAUCCUCAAUUCAAUAUCAAUACAAUUGCAGGGUGACCACUUCAUGUAUAUCUUUCAGCCUUUCAAAAACACUUGAUUGUUUGACUUUUCAUGGCUAAUUUGUUUUUGUUUUUUAUGUUUACUGUGCUUCAAGUAAUAGUAAUGGUUUAUGAAGCAAUGUACUGAAACUUUAUGGUUAAUGCUAUGUUGUGCACUGUAUGCAGUUAUGUGAAUAAUGUUCUCAAACUUUUAUUGACAGUGUGACAGUUUCACAUUAGUUUAAAAAUAGUUUUUUAGGUGUUAAUGUAGGCAAUAUAAUCAGUGAAACAAGAGUUCAAGAGUUAAAACACAUAAUUUGGCGAUGCAGUUGUGAUUAUAAGGGAGCUAGUAAUGGAAGUUGAUUUGAAUGUAAUGAUGUGAUCUUUAAACAGAUAAUUUGCUGAUAAUCUUGUUAAAUGUACACCCAAUUCCAGAUGGAUGAAACAACAGCCUAUAAAACAUAUAAUGCUUUUGCUCAUUUAUAGGGUCUUAAAGUUUUCAUUUCAAUCUUGUCUCAAUACUUUAGUGGUUACAUUGUGAGCUGAAUGCAUAAGUUGUAUAUUUACUUUAUAUCAAUGGUUCUUUAUUCAGAAUGUUUUACUUGUAUCAACGAAAUCACUUUGAAAGUUUAAAUGUCUACUUAUUUCAUGUAUGCAUUUGGUGUUGUGAUGAUAUAUAUGUUAGAUAAACUCUCAUUAUAUCACAGCAUUUCUAAAGUACCCAUUCUAGAUACGGGCCUGGCAUUAAAAGAGUUCUUUCUUAUAGGGAGCCAGUAAGUCCAGUGAGUGAUUAUGUAUCUAUUUCUGUCAUUUCUAGUCGCUAAAUAGACAUUUCUGUGUGCUCCAAUGACACAUUGACCUUUCUUGAACAUUUAUAUCCCAUAUAAUGGGGUUUAAAUUCACAAGAAUUGAUAUUCUGAAUGUGCCAGCAAUCUUGUCUGUCUAUUUUGUUCUACACAGUCUCUCACAUUACAAGUUAUGUCAGCAUCUACAAAAUGGUGACACUGUGCUUAAGCCUUGGUUUCACUAGUGUGCUUGCUUUUUAAUUACAGUAAACACAUAAAUAUAAGAUUUUUUCCAGCUGAUCACAGUCUUACUUUUCCCACAAAGAAACCAAGUUUUCUCAUUUUUGCCGUUGGAUGAUUUAGCUUGCAUAAUGCUUUUAUUUGCACUUGUAUUAUGAGUUCU